AUGGCCGAAGCAGAGCAGCAGCAGCAGCAGCAGACAUGGACUGGAAAACCAGUAUGCAAAGGGAUCGAGUUACAGCUCCGGGACUUCCUGCUGGUCUACAACCGGAUGACUGAGCUCUGCUUCCAACGCUGCGUCUCCAACCUCAACUACCGGACGCUGGCCGUAGAGGAGGAGUCCUGCCUGGAGGGCUGCGCUGGGAAGCUGGUGCGUUCCAACCACCGCCUGAUGGCCGCCUACGUCCGGCUCAUGCCCACCCUUGUCCAGCGCCGCCUCGCCGACUAUGAGGCCAGUCAAACUGGCCCAGAAAACAGCCCGCAGCCACCCGACCAGGCAAGCUGAGCCACCACAACGCUGCUACUGCUGCCAGCUGGGGCAGGGGUCGGUGCCAGGACAAUGGCUGGGUGGUGGGGAUGCCUGCCAGUGGAGCCCCAUACAACCAGACUUGCCCGUUGGACACAAGAGGGCCAGUUGGGAUGGAGGUCACUCUGCCCUGGAGCCACACAGAAUGAGGACUUACUGUCUCCUUGCUGGUCUCCCACGUUGGCAUGAAGGGGAAUUGUUGGGACGCUCUGGUGGGGUGAGGUUGUGUAUGUGCCUCCCUGCUGGUAAGGGAAAUGGAGCCUCAGGAGGAUGGAGGGGGCUUCAUUGUCCCAGUACCAAAAUUAAAACAUCUAUUUCCAGUAA